AUGUGUUUGUAAUUUGUAUAUAUUUUCAGGCUCAGUAAGUGUGAUCUAACAGAGGAAAGUUGUUCAGCUCUGGCUACAGUUCUCAGUUUAGACUCCAGCAGUCUGAAGGAUCUUGACAUGAGCAGCAAUAAUCUACAGGAUGCGGGAGUCAAGUGGCUUUCUGAAGGAUUGCAGAAUACUAAUUGUGAACUGAAUAAACUGAGUGUGUCCGAGUGCAGUAUUGGAGAAGAAGGUUAUAAAUCUUUAUGUUCAGCUGUGAGAUCAAACCCUGAAUCACAUCUGAUAGAUCUGGAUCUCAGAGGAAAUGAUCCUGGAGAAACAGGAGUCAAACUCAUCUAUCAGUUAACACAAGAUCACAAGUGUUCACUCAAGACUGUCAGGUUCUUGAGCAGUUCUUCUGCAGUGAAAGCCUUUGAGUAUCUGACAGAAGCUCUUGGGAUAAAUCCUUUACUGGAGAGAGAAGUGAAUCUGAGUGAUCAUAAACUAGACGAGUCAAGAGUGAAUCAGAUCUGUGAUCUACUGAAGGAUAAACACUGUCGCAUCAACACACUCAUUCUGAGUAAAAACAAACUAGAAGAUUCAGGAAUGAAGAAGAUCUCAGAUCUGUUGAGACACUCACAGUGCAGACUACACAAACUCAAUGUGUCCGAGUGCAGUAUUGGAGAAGAAGGUUAUAAAUCUUUAUGUUCAGCUGUGAGAUCAAACCCUAAAUCACAUCUGAUAGAUCUGGAUCUCAGAGGAAAUGAUCCUGGAGAAACAGGAGUCAAACUCAUCUAUCAGUUAACACAAGAUCACAAGUGUUCACUCAAGACUGUCAGGUUCUUGAGCAGUUCUUCUGCAGUGAAAGCCUUUGAGUAUCUGACAGAAGCUCUUGGGAUAAAUCCUUUACUGGAGAGAGAAGUGAAUCUGAGUGAUCAUAAACUAGACGAGUCAAGAGUGAAUCAGAUCUGUGAUCUACUGAAGGAUAAACACUGUCGCAUCAACACACUCAUUCUGAGUAAAAACAAACUAGAAGAUUCAGGAAUGAAGAAGAUCUCAGAUCUGUUGAGACACUCACAGUGCAGACUACACAAACUCAAUGUGUCCGAGUGCAGUAUUGGAGAAGAAGGUUAUAAAUCUUUAUGUUCAGCUGUGAGAUCAAACCCUGAAUCACAUCUGAUAGAUCUGGAUCUCAGAGGAAAUGAUCCUGGAGAAACAGGAGUCAAACUCAUCUAUCAGUUAACACAAGAUCACAAGUGUUCACUCAAGACUGUCAGAUUUCUGAAGAGUUGUGCUGCAGAAGAAGCUUGUGAUUAUCUCUGUAAAGCUCUAGAUGUGUAUCCAUUACUGCUGAAAGAACUCAAUCUGAGUCACAAUAAACUGGGAGAUCUGGAUGGAGAGAAACUCUCGGCUCUAUUGAUGGACUCUCAUAGCAAAGUCACCAAAAUCAUAUUGAAUAACUGUGAGCUGACGGAGAAUCAGUGUUCAGCUCUAGCUGCUGUUCUCUCCUGUAAAACCCUCGUGAAGGAGAUGAAUCUCAACAACAGUCGACUGAUGGAUUCAGGACUCAAACACAUCUGUGACAAACUCAAGAACCCUCAGUGUCAUCUCCAGAUACUCAAUGUGUCCGAGUGCAGUAUUGGAGAAGAAGGUUAUAAAUCUUUAUGUUCAGCUGUGAGAUCAAACCCUUCACAUCUGAUAGAUCUGGAUCUCAGAGGAAAUGAUCCUGGAGAAACAGGAGUCAAACUCAUCUAUCAGUUAACACAAGAUCAGACGUGUUCACUCAAGACUGUCAGGUUCUUGAGCAGUUCUUCUGCAGUGAAAGCCUUUGAGUAUCUGACAGAAGCUCUUGGGAUAAAUCCUUUACUGGAGAGAGAAGUGAAUCUGAGUGAUCAUAAACUAGACGAGUCAAGAGUGAAUCAGAUCUGUGAUCUACUGAAGGAUAAACACUGUCGCAUCAACACACUCAUUCUGAGUAAAAACAAACUAGAAGAUUCAGGAAUGAAGAAGAUCUCAGAUCUGUUGAGACACUCACAGUGCAGACUACACAAACUCAAUGUGUCCGAGUGCAGUAUUGGAGAAGAAGGUUAUAAAUCUUUAUGUUCAGCUGUGAGAUCAAACCCUGAAUCACAUCUGAUAGAUCUGGAUCUCAGAGGAAAUGAUCCUGGAGAAACAGGAGUCAAACUCAUCUAUCAGUUAACACAAGAUCACAAGUGUUCACUCAAGACUGUCAGAUUUCUGAAGAGUUGUGCUGCAGAAGAAGCUUGUGAUUAUCUCUGUAAAGCUCUAGAUGUGUAUCCAUUACUGCUGAAAGAACUCAAUCUGAGUCACAAUAAACUGGGAGAUCUGGAUGGAGAGAAACUCUCGGCUCUAUUGAUGGACUCUCAUAGCAAAGUCACCAAAAUCAUAUUGAAUAACUGUGAGCUGACGGAGAAUCAGUGUUCAGCUCUAGCUGCUGUUCUCUCCUGUAAAACCCUCGUGAAGGAGAUGAAUCUCAACAACAGUCGACUGAUGGAUUCAGGACUCAAACACAUCUGUGACAAACUCAAGAACCCUCAGUGUCAUCUCCAGAUACUCAAUCUGUCAUAUUGCAGUAUUGGAGAAGAAGGUUAUAAAUCUUUAUGUUCAGCUGUGAGAUCAAACCCUAAAUCACGUCUGAUAGAUCUGGAUCUCAGAGGAAAUGAUCCUGGAGAAACAGGAGUCAAACUCAUCUAUCAGUUAACACAAGAUCACAAGUGUUCACUCAAGACUGUCAGGUUCUUGAAAAGGGAUGCUGCACUGAAAGCCUUUGAGUAUCUGCACAUAGAUAUUGGUUUAAAUCCUUCACUCCAGGGAGAAGUGGAUCUGAGUGAUCAUAAACUACACAGCUCAACUCUGAAACAGAUCUGUUUACUACUGGAGGAUAAACCCUGUAAACUCAACAAACUCAUGUUGACACAGUGUGGUUUGACAGAAGAUGGUCUGCGUUCAAACCCUACACGCCUGAGACACCUGAACCUGAGUGGACGUAAACUAGGAGAUUCUGGAGUUCGGUUUCUCUGUUUUUUACUGGGAAACUACCUUUUCAAGCCAGGAACAAUGGAGUUGUGUGAAUGCAGUAUUACAGAGGCUCAGUGUGUUCAGCUGAUUUCAGCUCUGUGUUUAAACCUGUCACAGCUGACACACCUGAACCUCAGUCAGAACAAACUAGGACACUCAGGAAUCAAGCGCUUGUGUGAUCUACUGAAACAUUCAGACUGCAAACUAGAUCAGCUUGAGUUAAGAGCGUGUGGUUUGACAGAUGAAGGUCUGGUUGCUCUGACUUCAGCUCUGAGUUCAAACCCGUCACACUUGAGACAGCUGGAUCUGAGUGGAAAUCCACUGGGAGACUCAGGAGUUAAACACCUCUGUGCUCUUCUGAGUAAUUCACAAUGCAGUCUGGAAACACUCCACCUACGUUGGUGUAAUAUUACAGAUGCUACUGCUUUAGCUGAUACUUUGGCUCAGACACAAGCAUUGAGGUUCUUAAGGGUGCUUGAGCUGAGUAACAAUAAAAUAAAGGAACUGAAGCAGCUUCGUGCGGUGCUAAAGGGUUCAAGCUGUGAACUGAUUCUACUGCCAUUUUGGGGGGCAUUUUGGGGGACAUUUUGGGGGUCAUUUUGGCACUCUGCACUAUGGACUGUCCAGUCAUCAUCAGAUGAGGAAGAUGGGGACACUUCAUCUCAAAAUGUUAAACCAAAGGAUCAAGUUUAGACGGCUGGCCGGAGCACAGAUAGAGAGACUGAGGUUUAAUUAUAAAGUGCCUUGACGAACUCAAAGAAAGUUCCUAAACCUGCUAGAAUGAAAAUGUGACUCAUGUACAGAUAAUAAACUCUUUGUAACUGUUAUGAUUCAGUCUGUGGUCCCCUGUGGUUUGUGGACUUUUGUUAUUUCCUGUUUCCUGUCCCGUAUUGUAGUCCAUUGUAGUUCUUUUGUUCAUUGGCCUUCCAGGUGUUUCUUGUUACUUCGUUUCAUCCAAUGUAUUAAACCCCAGUGUUCCUUUCUCUAGUGUCAGACUUUAGUUGUUUCAUGUUUGUUGUUAGUUCCCUGUGUUUCGUUUUAAUGAUGACCUUAGUUUUGUUUUACUUUGUCAUAGAUGUGUAUUUAAUAAUGAUCUUGUAAACGCAUCUGUGUAAAUAGUCUGAAGAUCUUGUUUUCAUUGAAGACAUCACAAGACUCACUUCAUCAGCCCCCAGGUUGAGGGGUUUCAUCAUCAGAUAUUAAAUCAAUGCUGUCUACAAUCACACAACUGCUAUUCCACACUUGUGAUGUUAGUGAGCAUCUAUCAGCUGGUCAAACAGCAGCUUCUGCAUCAUUUAGAAAUAACAUUUGCAAAAGCAUUGUACAUAAAUGUAAAUUAUAUCUCUACAUUAUUUCAGUAUUUUUUCUUUUACUCAUAUGAUGUGCACAAAUAAACAUUCAUUUAUUUUGUGAAUUUAUGCAAAUUUCAAUGUGAUCUCUGUUCAGAACAAAUAUUUAGUCUAUUAGACUUUUUUUCAACUUUGAAAUGUCCAAGUUGAUAAAUAUGUUGAGUGUUAAAAAGACAAUUAAAAUGAAUUUUGUGAGAUGACUCCGAAACAAUCUUGAUUCUUCUGAUUUGGAGAGGGCCGUCUGUGAAGAAUCACACAUUUGUAAGUGUUUUAUGCUCAUGUUCAUCAUAUCUUCAGUCAGCUC